CCGAGCACCAACACCCAAAGGUGACAGGAGUGACGUCACGGCCAUGCGCGCUGCUCCUCGUCUCGGGCCAAAGCCAAGGGACCUCAGCAGAGCCUUCUCUCCCUCCCUCUGAGUGAGUGAGUGAGGACAUCCAACGGACCCAUCCUCUAUGAGAAGGCCGUGGCCAGCAGGAGGAGCACCGCCACCAAGACGAGGGCAGAGAGGAGCGAGAGAAAUCCUUCUCCAAAGAACCGACUCGUGCUCCUGCUCCUCCUUCUCCUCCUUCGGGGUUCCUCCUCGUUCCGCCUGCAUUGACUGCCUUUUCCUCCGCGACGUGAGGUGACAGCUGGAACGCCUUUGCUCGCUGGAAACUUCAUUUCUCUCGUUUCUCCCCCUUGCUCCUUGGCUGGGAAGGCCAUGGUGUGGAAGUUGGAGUGAUUUCGUCGCUGAUGUUCUGGCACAGGCUGGCAAAAGAAGGUCGAAGCUCAGCCCUCUUUAUGUGAGAGUCAGGAUGCCGGGAUUGCUAACACUGUCAUGGCUUUUUGUUGGAGCACUCCUAGGGGUGCUCCUGACGACUCCCCAGGCAUUGGCACGGGAGGUUGUCAGGCUUGAAGAAUCUAGUAAUGCCCACACAACUUAUAUGAAAAAGUUCAUCAUGCCAGGAGUCACCCCUAGACAGGCUGAUGCAUACCUCUGCACAGCAAUGGCAUUGAAUGAGACUGUUGAGGAGUGGGUUAUCAGAUUUGACCCCCUUGCUUCGGCAAAUCGAGCUCAUCACAUGCUUCUCUUUGGAUGUACUGAUGUGCCGCCAGACUACUUGAAACAAGGCUCAUGGGACUGUGGUCAUCAUGGCGUCUGCACAAAUAGUAGAAUAAUGUUUGCUUGGGCAAAGAAUGCACCAGCCACUAGUUUACCAAAGGAUGUUGGGUUCCGCAUUGGAGGUCAGACUGGUAUUAAUUACCUUACAUUGCAAAUCCACUAUGCGAGUGCAAUGCAAGAGGGACAGCAAGAUCACUCGGGCUUACAGAUGGAAGUUACAAGAGAACAGCAAAAAUACAAAGCUGGGAUAUAUUUGCUAGGCUCACCCUAUUCAGACAUUCCUCCUCAUAGAGAAAAAACGCAUGCAGAUAUGAAUUGCAUAAUUGGAGAGACAGGGGAACCAAGAGAUAUAUAUAUCUUCGCAUACCGUACCCAUGCACACAAAUUAGGAAGUGUUAUCACUGGGUAUAUGUUUGAUCCUGAUACAGAAGAAUACACAGAGAUUGCGAAGGGGAACCCACACUGGCCCCAAGCAUUCUACCCAAUGUCCGAGGUGUAUCAUGUCAGCACAAACAAGAUUCUCCAUGCCCGUUGCACCUGGAAUUCAACCAAUUGUAAAACUCACACAUACAUAGGCCAGACCUCUGGAGAUGAGAUGUGCAACCUUUACCUCAUGUAUUACACGGACCGCGAGCAAGGCUCAGAGACAGGAGGCUGCUGGACUGAGUCUUUCCCAGCCAUCACACAGAAUCUCCCAGCUGACAGUGAUGUCCCGUUGCCACCAAACCCUGAGCUUGAAGAGCAUGCACAGGGCGAGAACCUGCAUAAAGAACAAGAAAUCACAUAUAAUUCCCUCAAGCAAAAACCUAUCGAAAAUGAAAAGAAAGCCUACAAAAACUCUGAAAAGACCUACCAGACUAAGCCAAAGACGGUGUCAUAUGACUAUGAUAAUGUGAUGACACCAGGCAGACAGAUACCAAAAGACAACAUCAAGCCUUCCUUGGUUGAAGCUCCACGGAAGGGAAAGCAGCUUAAGUUCUCAGCUUAUCGCAUGAUCCCAAAUUGGGGCCAGAAAGAGAUUGUCUACGGGCAAGUGGUAGCAGUCGCCCUUGACUCCAAGGGAGACGUUGUGGUCUUCCAUCGAGGAGAACGUCGUUGGGAUGGCUCAACAUUCAUCCAGAACACGCUACGAGACCAGGAACAUCCCAUAACACAACCUACACUCUUACACUUACACAAGGAAAAUGGGCAGAUUAUAGACAAGUGGGGAGAAAACUUCUUCUUUAUGCCACAUGGACUAACUCUUGAUAAGGAUGAUAACAUAUGGGUCACAGAUGUGGGACUUCACCAGGUGCUGAAAUUCCCUCGAGGAUAUGGCAAUGGCAAACCUCUCCUGACGCUUGGCACAAAGUUCCAACCAGGCCAAGAUGCAACACACUUCUGCAAGCCGACAGGAGUUGCCGUCUUGAGUACAGGAGAAUUCUUUGUAUCAGAUGGUUACUGCAACUCUCGUAUAAUCAAGUAUUCAGCUAAUGGAGAGAUUCUAUUCCAGUUUGGAAAGCAAACCAACACACUUCUAGGCAUUGGCAUCAGUUCUCCACCCCCUGGUUCAUUCAGCAUUCCACACGCCUUAACCCUCGCCGAAGACCAGGGAGAGGUGUGUGUUGCAGACCGAGAGAAUGGCCGCAUUCAGUGUUUCACUAUUGAACAGGGUCAGUUUGCAAGGCAGUUCCAGUUUGAUGGAUGGGGCAGUCGGCUCUUCUCUAUGAGUUACACUCCAGCGCUAGGUGGGAAAUUGUUUGCAGUAAAUGGCCCAGGAUUAUUUCCUUCCAAACAAGUGGCAGCUUUUGAAGUAAACUACACAUCUGGUGAACUACAGGGUGCCUUUAGUCCAAACAACCAGGGCAUGAGUAACCCUCAUGACAUCGUUGUUUCACAUGAUGGUAUUGAUGUGUAUGUUGCCGAGAUUGGACCCAAUAAACUGUGGAAAUUUGAGCUUGACGAAAGCGGUCCUGCCCCAACCACAAGACCUCCAGGUUUCUUUGAGAGGAUUGGCAGCCUCCUCACAUUCACUCUAAAUUAGAAAGUAUUCUUGUGUUAUUAGUGUCCAUUUUGUUAUUAUUAUUUUUACAUGUACUUGUUUAUUUUGUUUUAAGUAUAGGUGGUUUGUAGUUAGGUCAGUAAGUCAUCUUAUUAUGCUGUUUUACUUUUACGUGGAGAAUCUCUUCUGUAAUGCUGUUCCAUUAUGUUUUCAAAAUUUUAGUGUAAUUACCAUAAAUUUUAUUUGAUGAUUAUUGUUGUAAUAUUUACAUAUUUAUUUAGAAUGACAGCAAUGAUGAUAGAGAUUGAAAACACACUUAUACAACCACAGUGAUAGACAGUUCGUGUAAAAGCAAACUUUUCUGUUAACUUAUUUUAUCAACUGAAUGAGUUCAGGGGAAUUCUGAGAGAUCUAUAGUGAAGGAUUAAUUUAUUUUUACUGAUCUGCUUGGUUCAUUUUACUUAGCAAACACUCACAAUUUGUGCAGGGAUAUUAGUCUUUAGAUGGUAAUGCCAAUGUAUUUAGUUUUGAUAUUUACUGGAUGUAGUGGGAUUUUAUUCCCUAAUUGUAGAGGUCUGGUGUAUUGAUGAGUGAGAGGUAUUUUCAUUUCACUUCUUUCAUAAUACUGUAGUGCUAACAAUGUGUAGGGGUAUUCAGGACUGGAACUGUAUGAUGUACUUGUUAAUGCUAAUAGGAACUCUUUUUUUUGUUAUGGAAGUUAUACUGGAAGUAUUUGUUAUUUAUUUUGGUAGCAGUUGUAAACACAGUACAUACUGGCUUUAUUUGUUGUUAUUUAUUUUAGUAGCAGAUGUAAGCACAGUACAUAAAGUGUUACCUUUAAA